AUGAAUGUCGCUACCUCCUGGCGGCCUUUAGGCUGCCUCAAGUCGAGGCUUCGGCAUGCGAGACAAGCCAGAGCAUCGCAGAGGUGCUUGGCAACCGCCGCGAAUGCCGAGGGCAAGCAGACGGCAUUUACCGCCAGACAACGAUCGGCGCAGCAAAAGGUUGGCAAGUUCAAAAUAUGGCCGCAGGUGCCGUCGAUUCGAUGCACGACGCCCGACCCGAUGCCCGUUCUCCGCCAGCAGCAAAUAGACAUGCUCGACCCGACGGGUGCACGAACGCGACUCUUCUCGCGCGAACACGCCGACAGCGCCAAGGUCGGGGACGUGCUCAUGGUGACGACCAAGGCCGGAGAGCCCUUCUCGGGCGCCUUUAUCCAGAUUCGGCGGCGCGGCGCGGACACGGCGAUUCUUCUCCGAGGCCAGAUGAUGAAGACGGGUGUCGAGAUGUGGUUCAAGAUCUACAGCCCGACGGUCAUGGGCAUCGACAUCAUUUGGCGCCGACCCAAGAGGGCGAGGAGGGCGCGGCUCACGUACAUGCGCAAGCCCAAGCACGACAUGGGCAGCGUCGACCAGCUCGUGUCGGCGUGGAAGAAGGAGAGGUACGCGCUGCGGUCCAAGUCGAAGCAGACGACAGGCAGGACGAGAGGGCAGGUAAAUAAGUGA